AUGUUCGAAAAAGUGAAAGCACUACCAGCUAGUCUUGACUGGAGAGCAAGGGGAGCCGUUACCCCAGUUCAGGACCAAGGACAAUGUGUGGCUGCUAUUGAAGGCCUUGUUAAGAUCAAAACUGGAAAUUCAGUUUCGUUAUCUGAGCAACAAAUAAUAGAUUGUAUAAGUACUUCUGAUGCCUGCAAUGGUGGCUGGAUGGAGCAAGUUUUUGAAUUUGUCAAGAAAAAUCGUGGCCUCGCCUCAGACAAAAACUAUCCUUAUCGGGCAAAAAAAAAAUGGAAUUGUAGUGGUAUUAAGUCAUCCUCUCAACUGGCCAUCACCUUCUACAAGAAUGGGAUUCUAACCGGCAAGUGUGGGACCAAUCUAAAUCACAUUGCUCUAGUAGUUGGGUAUGGUACAAGUAUAGAUGGUACUAAGCAUUGGAUAUUGAAGAAUUCUUGGGGUCCAGACUGGGGGGAAAAAGGGUACAUCACUGACAUCAGGGUGCAAAGGGGCAUCAAAGUCAGAGAAGGCAUGUGUGGCAUUGCUAAACAUGCUUCAUAUCCAACAAAAUAA